AUUGGAACCCUGGGAAUAGUGUCGGGUUUCAGCGUUGGCUUCAUGUCACACUCAUAGGCUCUGCUGGCUGCAACGCACGCUGAGCUGAUAAGCAUGUUACCAGCGUCUCUGGCAUAUCAACAGGAAAUAUCUGGACUGUGACUGACCAUGAGAAAGCGGGUUACAUUUGUAGAGCAGCUGAAAAAAGAAAAGCUGUUGCAAAAUGGAAGUGGUCACAUCCUGAUGAGGUCUGCAGGACCAAACCUGAAAUGCACAGAUGGCUUUGAAUGUGCAUCUAGUCAGCAAAUGAGGGAGAUGCAUAGAGGAAAGACUGUAAAUGUGUCUGCAGGCGUCCAGCACAUGAAGACAAUACACAUUCCCCAAUCUCUGAUGUCCGCCCCCUUCUUACAGCAUCCAGCCCUUACAGCUGGACAGAGACGCUACCUUUGCAGUAUAGCAAACGUUUACAGCACAGAGCACAUGAGGCAGCAGAUGAAGCAGCACUACCUCAAUGUGCUGCACACAUGCGUUCAAUCUGGUGCGUAUCUUAAUGUCCCUCAAACAUAUUUUACCACUACCAUCCAUCUUAUGCUGUGUUUUUUAUUUCCUACAGGUCAGAAUCCCACCUGCAGAAGGAGGUACGGGAUUCAUCAGCAUAGAGAAAAGAGUACGUUCACAAAGAACGCAGAGAGGGAUGUGGGAAGAGCAAAUCCUCAAGGGCAGAGGAAAAGCAGCAGCACGGCUAAUUCUGAUGUCAUACUCCCAAAAAUAGUCAACAGAUGACAGAUUUUUUGGCAACUGGUUACCUUCUGAUUUUUGCAUCAACCUGUUACUGCACUAAUUUUCAAAUAUGAUUAUAAAUGUUCUCAACCUAGCAUUGUGUGCAGUCAUAGCUUUACACAGACCUGAUGUUACACAUAUUGCACCACUGCAUUUAGAGGUAUAGUGAACAUCAUAUUUUGUAUGUUCUUUUAGUUAAAUGUCUAGUUGUAGUAGCUGUCAUGAUGUGUACUUGUACUUUAAUCAUGCUAUUAUCCAAAAACACAGCAAUAAUAAGUAUUCUACUGGAUAUUCUGUUGUCCCUGAAUUAUAGCUGUUUGUGGCAGACUGUAUAAAAUGGCCUCUCUAACAAUUUAUCUUUUAUUUGGGCUGUAUUAAAUAUUACCACUUCUUACAGAACUUGAGACUUGUAUAUUUUUAAUUUGAGAAAUAUUGUUUCCACAAUUUAGCGGAGCUAGUUGGAAACUAAGAUCAAUAUGUUAAUAAUUUGCUUUAACUUAUACCUGACACUUUGACAUUACAAUAAUAAUUGUUAUGACUAACAUCUACCCUGGCCUUGUGGAUAACUGGUGCAUUAACAGCAAUGAUCAUUUAUGUAUAUUUCCUCUGUUUAAUCCACUAAUAAAUAAACCAAAUAGUGA